AUGAAGGAGACCCUCAGGCUUACGGUUAACGCCAACAUAACCUCCCUUGCUCUUGAUUAUACUUCAGCAACAUUGGCAGCUGCAAUGAAAAAUUUCACUCCUGUGCUUACUUUCAUUUUGGCUGUUCUAUUUCGAAUGGAAGUUAUCAACUUAAGGAGGCUUCGAGGGAUUGCAAAAGUUUCUGGAGUAGUGCUCUGCCUAGCUGGUAUUUUGACAAUGGCCUUCUACAAAGGACCUCACUUGAAAUCCUUUAACCACCAUCACCUCCUUGGCCAAGGACAUAGCCACAGCGACCAAGCUCGCAGCCAUUCUCACAUUAAAUGGGUCUUGGGGACCUUCCUCAUGACCAUUGCCGCUUCAACACGGUCUUUGUGGAUGGUGCUACAGAGACCUGUGUUGAAAGAGUAUCCUUCCAAGCUCCUAUUCACCACCCUACAGUGCCUCUUUAGCACCGUUCAAUCAUUCUUCGUAGCACUGGUUUUUGAGAGGGACUUCUCUCGGUGGAAGUUAGGCUUGGACAUGAAUCUAACCUCAGUGGCUUAUGGUGUAACAAUUCAAACUCAUAUUCAAAGUGAUGCAUGGCAGAGUACCAUUGGCGUUGGAGUUUCAUAUUACUUGCAGUCAUGGACCAUUGAGAAAAGAGGGCCAGUUUUCUUAGCCAUGUUCAUGCCGUUAACUCUAGUUAUCACAAUGAUACUCUCUUCAUUUCUCCUAGGAGAACAAGUUACUUUAGGAAGUGUUUUAGGUGGAAGCCUGGUGAUUGGAGGCCUUUACAGUGUUCUGUGGGGAAAGAGUAAAGAACAUGCAGAUAGCAACAUGCAAAGGAGCGAAGAUGGAAAAUCUGGCCUGGAGGAGAAAAAAAUGGCACCAUCAGUUGAGACAACACAAGCAACAUAAGUUUUCCAAUUGCAAAUCUAGAUUAAAGUAAGCUUGUACUUAUAGAUUCGGGUUUGAGUGAUGUGAAAUGCUGAUCAAUGUAGC